AUGUUCUGGAGUAAAGGACCGGACAAGACUGAAGCUGCGAAGGAUAAGAAACCAGAAGCCCCGCCAUCCGCAGUAGCCAACACCAGCUCGCGCAGCGAUGUCAACGAGUUUGGUCCCAAUAAGCUCCCAACGCAGCGCAAGCUGCCAAAGGACUUACAGAACAUCGUGGAUAAGGCCGACAAAGAUGAGAACUUCUUUGAUGAGCUCGUAGAAGGAUAUGCGCCUGAUUCUACCGAGUCCAACCUACGAUAUGCCGCCUACGCGAACAGACUACGAACUAUUAUGCUCUCGGCUCAUCGUUAUGUAGCAUAUACUUCGGAUAUAGGAGAGUCCUUCAGGCCUGUCGCACAUCCGUGGCUAGUCAGAAGCGCAUAUGGUGUAUCUUGGGCAUACAUCUUAGGUGAUGUCUCGUAUGAAGGAUAUAAGGCCUACUGGCAGAACCAGCGGACGUUAAACCCGCAGAUAGUCUUGUCAGAAAAGCAGCAGAAAGCUACUGGUUUAUCGACUGUAGCACCUGCUGAUGCCAAGCCUGGAGUCGUAUCGCCGUUGGAGGAUUACCGCACCGUUAUGGUCCAACGAGGUAUCUUCCAGAGUCUGGCUUCGAUGGGAUUACCUGCUUUCACGAUCCACAGUGUUGUCAGAUACUCGGGGAGGGCAUUGAAGGAUGCUAAGAACAAAACGGUUAGGGUAUGGGGCCCUAUAGGGCUUGGCCUUGCUAUUGUACCAUUCUUACCGACGCUUUUCGAUAAGCCGGUCGAAAAUGCUGUUGAGUGGAUGUUCCACAAGGGUUUUGCGGCAUACGGUGGGCAGGGGUAUGUUGGCGAAUCUCCAACGACAGGCCGGGAAGCCGCCUUGGCGCAGAGGCCAAAUACGCAGUCGAAAGAAAAAGAAUUGUAG